AUGAGAACCUUUCAUGCAAAUUAAAUUAGACUUACUCUCAAAUAAACUUUAUUUAAGGGUAAAAAGUAUCAAUUUUAAUCCAAUGAGAAUAUUCAAAUAAAUGAAAUACCUUCUGUUACUUUAUACAAAAAUUUUGAUGAAAUUUAUUGUUAUAAGAAUAAGAGUCUUGGUAAUGGAAUUAAGUAUAAUAGGUUAGGGAGCACAUGGGAUUGUCAAAAUAUGUUAUAAUAAAUAAGAUGGUAAUAAAAUUCAAUAUGCAGUAAAAAUAUUUCGCACUGGUGAUCCUGAAAUAAUUAGUACAAUAAAGAAAACAUUUAAGAUCAAUAGACAACUUAAUGAUUUAGAAUGUGUGAUCAAAGCUAUAGAUUUAUUCAUUAAUGUUACAAAAGAAGAAAUUCAUCUUGUAAUGGAAUUAUGUCCUUAUCCUUCUUUAUAUAAAUUGCUUUAAUCUAAAAAAUAACCAUCAAUAAAAUAGCAACAAUUACUGAUAUUAGAAUUAGCCAAAUCAAUCGAUAAAAUUCAUAAUAAAUGCAUUUGUCAUAGAGAUCUUAAACCAGACAAUAUCUUAGUGUAAUUGACUGAUGAUGAUGCAAAAAUCAAAAUAAUAGAUUUUGGAGUAUCAAAAAAAUUUGUCACAAAAACAAGAAAUUCUACAUUGAAUAUUGAAAUGUGGACAAGAACAGGUUCAUUAUUUUAUUAAGCACCUGAAAUCUUUGCUGGAGGUGGUUAUAAUUAAAAAGGUAAACAUAAAUACUAAUGUAGUUGAUAUAUGGUCUAUAGGAGUUAUAGUUUAUUAAUUGUUUUGUCAAUAAUUACCAUUUUAAAAUGAUUAAAUCAUGGAUACAAUUGAAUUAAUCUGUGAUCCUAAUUAUAAUGUUGAAAAUACUGCCCAAUUUGAAUCUUUGGAUUAGUUGCAAUAAGAUUUAUUAAAAAGAUUAUUAAGAAAAGAACCAGAAAAAAGAUUAUCUUCAUCAGGUUUCAAAAUAAUAAAUUUUAGAAUUUAUUUUGCAUCCUUGGUUACAUCCAGAAAAACAAGAACAAAAUUAAAAUACUUUUUGUUUAUCAUUGAAUUAUGAUAAAACUUAAAAUAUAUCAACAUCAGAAUAAUUUAUAGGUCUUGAAUAAUUUGAUCAAUAUAAGCUUCUAACAAAAGAACCUUAUUGUACUAGUACAAUUUUAAAAAGAGAAGAACACUAAGAAAAAUUAGAAAAAUUGGAUGAAUUAGGAAAUCAUAUUUACUUUUACUCAUCAUCAAAAUAAUUAAAUUAAGAACCAGAAAUAAAGAAUUAAGAAGAAAAAUAGACAAGUGUAAGUUAAAUAGAUGAAAUUAAAGAUGAUGGACCUUAAGAAAAUAAUAAGAUUUUAGAUGAAGAUGUUGAAUUAAAUAAUUAUAAAAUUGUUGGUUCCAUUAUAUUGAAUUGA